AUGAAAACAAAAUCAAGAAAAAAAGUAAAAUAUACUGAUAAUGUAGAAUUUUCUUCAGAAAUUGUAAAUAAAAAUAAAAAAAUUGAAUCAAAACAAAUGAAAAAAAAUAAAAUUGAAGCAAAUAGUUGUAAUGAGAAUACAAAUGAAAAAAGCACAAUAGUUUUUGAUAAAAAUACAACUAUUAAUGAUAAUUCAGAAGAAAUAAGAAAUAAAAAUAAAAAUAGCAGUAUAAAUUAUUUGGAAAAAGAGAAAAAUCUUAAAAAUAAUACAGAUAAUAUAAAAUUAGAUAUAAAUAAAAAUUUGAAAAAUGAACAACUAAAUAAUUUAAGAGAAAAUAACAAAAAUAAUAAUUUAGAAUAUCAAUCAAUAAACGAAAAUGACAAAGUAAAACAUUCUUUAAAUCAUAUAUCUAACAAAGAAUCAGAAUUAAAACAAUAUGAAUCUUCUCAAGAACUAAAUAACAGUAAUAAUAAGAAAUAUAAAAUUUCAAAGAUAAAUGCUUCUGAAGUAAGUAAGAAGCAUAAUUUGUCUAUUAAGGAGAUUGGUCAAACAAAUUUUAAUGUAAAAAAAAAGAAAUCAUCACAAGAUAAUUCUAAUCAAAAUAGUGUUAAGUGUUCUUUAAGCAAUGAAUCCAAUUAUAUUAAACAAGAAAAAUACGAGAAUUAUUUAUUUUCUAGAAAUGAUAUUUUAAGUAAUAAUCUUCAAGAUGAAAAUGAUUUAGAAAAAAAAAAUAAAUCAGUUAAUAUGUGUAGCAAUAAUAUUACAUAUAAAAAUAAUAAUAAAAAUAAUUAUAAUAAUGAUAAUAAAGAUAGUAGUAGUAGUAGUAAUAAUAAUAAUAAUAAUAAUAAUAAUAAUAAUAAUAAUAAUAAUAAUAAUAAUAAUAAUAAUAAAAAUGAUGAUAACAAAAUGAAUAGUAACAAUAAAAAUGAUUUGGACAAAAAUAAUUCCAUUAUAAUUAGUGAUAAUGAAUUUAACAAUUCAAUAAGAGAUGAAAAGGGAAAGCUUACAGAAAAUAAAAAAGUUUCAUGUGAAUUAAAACAUUUUGAUUUCUCCUAUGACAAUGUAAUUUUGAAUAAUUAUGUAAAGAACUCAGAAACUAAAUCAAGAAGUAAUUCAUUUGAAAAUAAUAUAAAUCAAAUGGAAAUAAAUUUACAUGAAUCGUCAAAUAAAAUAAAUUCUUUAGAAAACCGUUUAGAUAAUUUAAAGAAUACAGAAAAAAAAAUUUAUAACUCAACAAAAGAUAAUAACUUAAAUAAUGUAGAAGAAGACAUUACUUCAAAUGAUGAAAUAAAAAACAUAAAAAAAAAAGAUAACAAUAUUAAUAAUAAUAGAGAAGGACUUUCAUCAAAUUGCACGAAUUUAAAUAAUUUUAAUAAUCAAAAUAGUGAAAAUAAAGAUAGUUCUUUUAACUCAGAAAAUGAUAUUGAUAAUUUAAGAUUGCAAAUAAAAAAAGAAUUAUAUAAUAAAUUAAGUAUUGCUUUAGAUGUUAAUAUGUGUUUUAAUAUAGAUGAAAAAUAUUACAUGAAAUUUUUAAGAAAUAAAAAAUUUAAAAAAUAUAUUUUGAAUGCCUCUAAAUUUUUAAUAAUACUCGGAAAAUAUUUACAUUUGUCAUCUUGUACAAUAUCAAUUGCUUUAUAUUACAUGCAUAAAUAUUACCAAAAACAUUUAAGGAGAAAAAAAAAUUCAAUAAUUUAUCUAAUUGCAGGUGCUUGCAUAUUUUUAGCUUGGAAAUUACGAGAAGAUUUUGAAGAUAUUAAAAAAUCCAAAAAAUUAUAUGAUAUACCUAAAGUUAUAUUUAAAUUAUUAAAUUAUUUUUAUAAAAAAAAAAAAUUGAAAAAAAAAAUCAAUCAAAUAGAAAUAGAUUUAAUAAAAUAUUAUAAAACAAAUAACAAAAUUUUCAAAGAAGAAUCUUUUAAUUCUUAUAUGUAUAAUGUAAAAAAAGAAGAAUUUUGUGAAAACAUUCAAGAAGAGGAAAAAGAAAAGGAAAAAGAAAAGGAAAAGGAAAAAGAAAAGGAAAAAGAAAAGGAAAAGGAAAAGGAAAAGGAAAAGGAAAAAGAAAAAGAUAAACAAAAAAAUAAACAGAAAUAUCAACGAAAUGAAAGACAAAAUGAAAAAGAAAAAAAAAAUCAAAAGGUUUCAGAGAAGGAUGAUAAAAGAAAAGAAAGUGAAGAUAAUUUAAAAAAUAAUGACAUAGAAGAUGAUAAAAAAAAAAAAAGUUUAUAUUAUGAUUUAAUGGAAAUAAAUAAUAUAAUAAAAAGUGGAUAUAUAUCAGAUAUAAAUGAUAUAAAUCAUGUUAGUGAUUUUUUCAGCUCCUAUUUAUCUGAAUGUAACAGUAAAGAUAUUUCUGAAUAUGAAAUUUUAAGUGAUAGAAGAAAAGAUGUGGAAUUAUUAAAAAAGGAAGAAAAAAAAAAAGUAAAUGAAAAAGAAACAAAAUUAGAAAGAAAUGAUGAAGAAAAAGAAUUAAAAAAAAAUGAAAAAGAGAAAGAAGUUGAAAAUGAAAAAAAAAAAGAAAUUGAAAUUGAAUAUGAAUAUGAAAAUGAAAAUAAAAAUGAAAAUGAGAAAGUAAAAGAAAUAAAAAAAGAAAAAGAAAUUGAAAAUUAUAUAAAAAACAAAAAAAAAUACAUAAAAAAAUUUAAAAAAUUAUGUAAAAAACAAAAAAAAAAUAUUUAUAUUUCUUCUUCUAAAUGGGUAUUAAAAAAUAGAGGACAGAAAUUACAAAUGAUGCAAAAAAUUAUGAUAUAUUACGAAGGAGAAAUAUUAAAAAGUUUUAAUUAUUUUAUAAAACCAAAAAUACUUUCUUUUGAAUUAUUGCCGUCUUUUGUAAAAAGAUUCGUACUUAUAAUGAAAAACUAUAUAGAAGAUAAGCAAGUUCCAUAUCUUGAGAAGUUAUGUUUCUUGAUUAUUUUAGAUUUUUACAAAACUCCACUCUGUUUAAUAUUUACACCUAAGGAAAUUUUAGUUACCUGUCUCCUAAAAGCAUUUAUUUCUGUUAAAUUAAUUUAUAGACAAGUAGAUUUUAAGUCUUUAUGUUUUGAAGAUUUUGAAAAAAAAAUAAAUUCUUUCAUUCAAUCAAUAAGUUGCGAAGAUCCUAUAAAUAUAUAUAGAAUAAAAAUAGCUUUAAGAGAAAUGAGGCAGAUGUAUCAUUAA